UGAAUUUUAUUUGACAAUGGAAAGGUUCAGACAAAGUGUAGGCAGAGAAGAAGCUCCCAAAUUAAACGAUCAUCGCAAAACUAUUAACCCAAGCAGAAGUAUUGAAUAUGAUGAGUCCUCUCCCUUGAAACUGCCUCCGAUCAAUAAGAACAGAGUUGACAGAUCCCAAAUCAAAGACUCCCAGCACAUGAGGGACGGUUCUCCCUACUCUACUGCUCUCAGAGAGGGGCUCUCCAAAGGCAAGCUCAGCAACAGAUACAAGGCUGCAAGAAUCUUUCCGACUUACGGGUGUUGGCAACCGAAAGAAGGCCAUUACCAGUCAACGAAGUACAGACUUGAGGCUAAGUUCAGCGAAGCAGAUCCUACCACACCUUCAUCGAGGCAAUUUUUCCACAAGAAUGACUUCAUGAAAAAGUACACAGAGGAAAUGCUGAAAGCCAAGAACAUGAUGAAUGACAAGCAAUAAAAGCCAACCACAAACUGACGCUUCU